UUCAGUUGACAUAAAGCUCUGAUGUGUGAUGUCCAAACAGCAUUGCUUUAAAAGGAGAAUCAGAUAUCUUCCUUUGUUACACAAGUAGGAGCAACUAAUCCUCCAACAUCUCUGUCACUGGUGCAGAUUCCUGUAUCUACAAAGUGAAUUUACAAGAAGCGGUCACAUCUUGCCAUGGAUUACAAUUAUAGCUACGACAACUAUGAAGAUUCAAACGGCAAUUCAACAUUCAUGUAUACUCCUUUCAUUUUUAACUUUAGACCUAACUCGACAGAAGUGAUAACCCCCUAUAAAUGGGUUGCUCUCUUGAUUUACAUUGCAGUGUUUUGCCUUGGUGUGCCCGGCAAUGCUUUGGUUGUAUGGAUGACAGCUUUCGAAAUGAAAAGAACAGUUAAUACUGUGUGGUUUUUAAAUCUGGCCAUUGCUGACCUGGCAUGCUGUCUUGUUGUGCCAUUUUCAAUCAUGGAAAUAGCAUUAUAUGGACGCUGGCCUCUGGGCCUUUUCUUGUGCAAGUGCCUACCUUCAGUCCUUUUAGUAAAUAUGUAUGCCAGUGUUCUUCUCCUUACUGUAAUCAGCAUAGACCGCUGCGCCUUGGUCAUCAAACCAGUUUGGUGUCAGAAUAAAAGGACUGUUAAAAAAGCAUAUUUGGCAUGCCUGGUGGUGUGGCUCUUUGCCUUUCUCUGGAGCAGUCCUUCCUUCAUAUUCAGACAGACGGUGAAGAGGUUUGAUGCAAUAAAAUGUUCUAUGCAAUACUCUUUGCUGGGUGCACACCAGCAAAAGACAGAGAACAUUAUUGCAAUUUUCAGGUUCCUAAUAGGAUUCAUCAUUCCAUUUUUGGUGAUCACAAUUUCAUACAGCAUAUUGGUGUCAAAGGUCAGUGGACGAUUUAGUCAGUCCAGCAAGACAAUGAAGGUAGUCCUUGUGGUUAUAAUUGGAUUUUUUGUGUGCUGGUUCCCAUACCAUGUGGCAGGAAUCAUUUUAGCUGCACAUUCAAACAACUCUUCAUUAUAUAUAUCUACAUUAAACAUAGAUCCCAUUUUGAUCAGUAUUGCAUUUGUCAACAGCUGCAUCAAUCCAAUCAUUUAUGUACUCGUGGGACGGGACUUCAAGACAAAAUUUAAGCAGUCUAUCACCUCUAUUCUAAGGAAUGUAUUGACAGAUGAAGUGAGUCAAACUUUUGAUUCCAAGAAGACAAAGUCAACAUCAGAUACAAAGAACACUGAGACUCAUGUAUAGUUUAAUGAUACAAAGAUGAAAACUACGGAACAUGUAUAAAAGGACAUCCAAAUAUUGAAUGGGGUGGGUGCAUUCAUGUGGGCCGGGAAGCUACAACCUACAUAUCUAAUAUUAAGGCUUGAAGCCCUAGAGGGCGGAUUUCCUACUUACAGAAGCAUAGCCUGACUUUUACUUUACAAACUACGAUUCUGUAUGACUUACAAAUUCAUGAAUAACAAAUCAGGUCUAUUUCUAAGAUGAGAUUUUGUAAAAUGUAGAAAGGGUCUGUGUAUAUGUUAACAGUUAAUGUUUUGGUGGUCCGAGUGUGAAAUAAUCUCAGCUCCCUCUAUUAUAUUAAAUCAAGUCAUGUAUAUUUUCAUACUAUAAUAUACACUUUCCUCAUGGAAUUACUGAAGGUUUUCUUUUGUUGGGUAACGGAAGUGGUUCAACUGCUCUAAUAUGUCAUCAACAUACUGUAUAUACACUUAUGCUCUUUUACAAUGUUAUGACACAAGCUAUCU